UUAAUAUAAUUUGUUCACGUAAGUUAUUUCUGGCAAAUUGUGCUUUCAAGCUCACCGACUCGUUAAAAUAAAAACAUAUCUGGUAUUUUUCUCGGCGACGAAAUUCGAAAAAUAAAAAAUAAAAAAAUAACGAUGAUAACCGGACUUAAAUCACAGGGGUUUCUGUGAUUGGUCUGGGUAUGAAAGUUUCGGAAUUGUAAGGGCAUUGAAGCUUUAGUUUGGAAGGAAUUGGUUUAUGGCAGUGUUUUUUAUUAGAGGAGCGAGCUUGUGAUUGAAUACCACGAAAAUGUAUAGGACUGUGGCUACAGCUCCCACCUCGACCCCAGGUGGACCACCAACUGAUAAUGGGGAUUAUGUUGUCAGUUUGGAUCAGGUUCCAAGGUGGAGCGAUGCUGAGUACAGGGCUUCUUUGGAAUAUGAGAAUGAAGAUCCAUCAUAUUCUAAUUCCUACUUCCCGGAUCCUUUGACUUCUCCACCUGGGGAAGACAGCAGUAGCAAUGGUAAUGUUUCGAGGUUUCCAGUUGAUCACGAAAUUAACUUAAAGAUAUAUCUUUGGAGGGGCAACCCAUGGAAUCUUGAAGUGGAUGCUGUUGUAAAUUCUACAAAUGAGAGCUUGGAUGAAGCACACAGCAGUCCUGGUUUGCAUGCUGCAGCUGGACCUGGUCUUGCAGAAGAAUGUGCAACACUGGGCGGAUGUCGAACAGGAAUGGCAAAAGUUACUAAUGCAUACGACCUUCCUGCGAGGAGGGUUAUCCAUACUGUAGGUCCCAAAUAUGCAGUAAAGUACCAUACUGCUGCAGAGAAUGCUCUUAGUCAUUGCUAUCGAUCUUGCCUUGAACUUCUCAUAGAAAAUCGGCUUCGAAGCAUCGCAAUGGGUUGCAUAUAUACAGAGAAUAAAAACUAUCCUCGUGAACCAGCUGCCCAUGUUGCUAUAAGGACUGUACGACGGUUUCUUGAGAAGCAGAAAGAUAAAAUCACAGCUGUAGUCUUUUGUACUACUACAUCAACUGAUACGGAGAUAUAUAAAAGAUUGCUUCCACUUUAUUUUCCUCGAGAUAAACAUGAGGAGGAGGUUGCCAUAUCAAAAUUACCUGCAGAUGUAGGAGAUGAAAAUGGUGAGACGAUUAUAGAUGAACGUAAAAUCAGAAUAAAGCCUUUGCCAAAAAAGACCAUUCCUAGGCCUCCUCAAGCUCCAAGUGAUCUCCCUGUCAGUGAUGUUGGCUUGGCACGAAGGAAUUCAUCGUACUUGGAUUCAUACCUAGAUCCUGCCUUCAUGUCCUUAAUAAAAGAUCCAGACCAGAGACGCAAGGAGCAAUGGGAGAAAACAGCUCAAGCACAAGGUGGAUGGAAUUGUGCAAAAUUGCUUGGGUUUGGUGAUCUUGGUGGACCUCCAUUAUCUGCUGCUGAAGAGUACUCACUUCAUUCAAGAUACCUUGCUAAGGCAAACUCUCUUAAUCUUUCUGAAAUUGCUGAGAUGAAAAUUGUGUACCGUGGUGGAGUUGAUAGUGAGGGCCGCCCUGUUAUGGUUGUUGUGGGGGCACAUUUUCUGCUAAGAUGUCUUGAUCUGGAGCGAUUUGUGCUGUAUGUUGUUAAGGAAUUUGAGCCUUUGAUACAGAAGCCUUAUACUAUUGUAUACUUCCAUUCUGCAGCAUCUUUGCAGCUUCAGCCUGACCUUGGAUGGAUGAGAAGAUUACAGCAAAUACUUGGUCGGAAACAUCAACGAAAUCUUCAUGCAAUUUACGUCCUUCACCCAACUUUUGGACUGAAGGCUGCUAUAUUUGCUCUGCAAUUGUUCGUGGACAAUGUGGCAUGGAAAAAGGUUGUAUAUGUAGAUCGACUACUGCAGCUUUUCAGAUAUGUUCCUCGUGAGCAGUUGACCAUUCCCGACUUCGUGUUUCAGCACGAUUUGGAGGUGAAUGGAGGGAAGGGUCUGAUUGUGGACCCCAGAACAAAAUAUGUAUAUCAUCGACCCUAGCAGCAGCAGAAAUACCAUAUCAUCUGUGCUGGUAAAGCAGAUCCUCCAUGAAUUGUGAUUGUUUCAUUUCUUUCUUGUAGUUAUAUAACAUUGUAGGUUCCGUAUGUUUUCAUGUAGAAUUUGAUAUGUACUCUGUUAGUUCUUAGUUUUAUUUCUCAAGCGAUAAUUUAUUUGUGUCUAAAAGUGCAUAUGAUUGUAUUAUUAGAUGUGAUCUCAAUAAAAAGGAAAAUCAAGGUGGUUUUGAGCUU